UGUCAAUAAACGCUUUAAAUUUAGUUAGAAAAUGGUUUUAGUAAUUUCAAAUUCAGCAAAAUUCAAGAUUAUUUUGAUUCUGCUGAUUAUUAUUUUUUAUAUUAUUUAUGGAAAACAAAAAGUUGUGUUUGUUAUUUUAUUUUAGGAAAAAAAAACCACCGAGACCUACGGAGAAAGUUUAACGUUGGUUAGUGCAUAUUACAGCAUCGGAACCUUCAUGAAACCAGGAAACAAGGAAAGAACUCCAAAUGACUACUAUGAAUGGAUAAAAAAAUUUGGGUAUUUACAAAAUCAUCUCGUGUUUUUUUCGGAUGAUCAAAAUGUCCUCAAUUAUAUGGCCUCAAUAAGGACUAAUAAAAAAACAACUUUAAUGUUUGUCGAUCGAAGAAAAUUGAUUGGAUUUCGCAACAUCGAACAAAUUAAAGAAAUAUUCAAGCUUCCUGGAUUUGGAGUUUUCCCUGAGGAAACAGGCAAUUACAACUAUUCGGCAAUCAUGCAUUCUAAACACGAUAUGGUUAGGAGGGCAAUUAUGCUUUUUGGAAACGAAUCGUCCUAUUUUGCAUGGGUGGACAUUGGACUGUUCCGAUACGCCUCUCCUGUGGAGGAUUUUGAAUUGAAACAUAGUCAGUAUAUCGAGAAUGGCCGGAUAUUGAUGUCUCAGGCAUUCCCCUUCAAGGAUGAGACUAUCGAAAGCAUCAUUAAGAAUGCUCGCACGUGGAUCUCGGGGGCAAUGAUGGCCGGUCACGUCGACUCAAUGCUGAAAUUUUGCAAUGUUUAUGAAGAAUUCUUUAAAAAAUUGAUUUCGAUGAAACUAAUCGCCACUGACGAACAAGUCAUCUAUGCCCUCUACUCGAGUCAAGGACAAAAAUUAGUGAUUGAUAUUCCUAAGCUGAGUGUCUUUCAAUGUGAUUAUUUUGGAUUAUAUCUCCUCUUCACUCCCAUGCCUACCACUGAUAAGUGUCCUUGACAUUUCAAAUUGAUAUUUUUGUUUUGUAUGACACCAUAAC